AUGCCAGCUCCUCUGGAGACCUGCCUCUCCGACCUUGACUGCGCUAGCAGCAGCAGCAGCAACAGCAGCAGCGACCUGUCCAGCUUCCUCACCGAUGAGGAGGACUGUGCCAGGCUCCAACCUCCAGCCUCCGCCUCGGGGCCGUGCGCGCCGGCCCGCAGGGUCGCUCCGGGGGCUACUGGGACAUCCGAGGUUCCAGGGGUGCAGGACGAGGAGCAGGAGCGGCGCCGCCGUCGGGGCCGGGCUCGAGUGCGCCCCGAGGCGCUGCUACACUCUUUACGCAGGAGCCGGCGCGUCAAAGCCAACGACCGCGAGCGCAACCGCAUGCACAACUUGAACGCUGCGCUGGACGCACUGCGAAGUGUGCUGCCCUCCUUCCCGGAUGACACUAAGCUCACCAAGAUCGAGACGCUGCGCUUCGCCUACAAUUACAUCUGGGCUCUUGCUGAGACACUGCGCCUGGCGGAUCAAGGGCUGCCCGGGGGCGGUGCCCGGGAGCGCCUCCUGCCUCACCAGUGCGCCCCCUGCCUGCCCGGGCCCCCGAGUCCCGCCAGCGAUGCUGAAUCCUGGGGCUCCGGUGCCGCCGCCUCCCCCUGUGCCGCCGCUGCCUCACCACUCUCUGACCCCAGUAGCCCCGCUGCCUCCGAAGACUUCACCUAUGGCCCCGGCGACCCCCUUUUCUCUUUCCCCGGCCUGCCCAAAGACCUGCUUCACACAACAUCCCGUUUCAUCCCUUACCACUAG